AUGGAUUAUGGCAAGUCUAGAAGAAGUAACUCCAAAAAGAGGACCCAUUCCAAUUCUGAGGACGGAAAGAGGAAACGGCUAAACUCUAGGCAUGAUGACACAUCUAUGUCCUCAGAGCCAAUUGAAACCAUCUACAGGGUAUUGUGCCCAGUAAAAAAGAUAGGCAGUGUCUUGGGAAGAGGUGGUGACGUUGUUAAGGCCCUCAGAGAGGAAACUAAAGCCAAGAUAAGGGUUGCCGAUUCCAUUCCUGGUGCAGAGGAGAGAGUAAUUAUCAUCUUCAAUUACCAAAAUCAACCUGAACUGACUGAUGAAGCAGCUGAAACUAAAUUUAGUGAUGGCUUAGGGAACAUGAAACCCCAUUGCUUUGCCCAAGAUGCCUUAUUGAAGAUACAUGAUAAGAUUGUGGCUGAUGAAAUUCAUGAUGGAGUCGCCCAUGAUGAAAAGUCUGAAAGUGCUGAUGAUGUGAUUGCUCGAAUUUUGGUUCAAGGCAAUCAAGUUGGCUGCCUUCUAGGAAAAGGUGGCUCCAUUAUACAACAACUACGAAGUGAUACUGGUGCUGGGAUCCGUGUCUUGCCAUCUGAAAACCUUCCCCAGUGUGCACUUAAAAGUGAUGAACUGGUGCAGAUAUCUGGAGCACCUUCUCUUGUAAGAAAAGCUCUAUAUGAAAUAUCUACUCGUCUCCAUCAGCAUCCUCGUAAGGAAAAUAGACCUCUUGAAGAAAUAAUAGAUGCAAGCACACAAAGGAAAUGCGAGUCUCCAACACCACUACAACAUGAAAAUCCAAUGUUGCCGCACCUGCAUAGUGACCAUCCACCUCCAAUACCCCUGCUUGAUCCAUAUAGAAGUGGACUGCAAUAUCAUGUUGCUGAAACUGAAGAGUUUUCUAUCAGAAUUCUGUGUGCUUCUGAGCUCAUUGGUUCAAUUAUUGGGAAAAGUGGGGCUAAUGUUAGGCGAGUAGAGCAGCAGACUGGUGCUCGCAUCAAAGUUCAAGAGAUUGACAAAGAUGCUUCUGGAGAAAGGCUGAUCAUUGUUUCAUCUAAGGAGAUACCAGCUGAACCAAUAUCCCCAGUAAUUGAGGCACUCAUUUUGCUCCAUGAUAAAGUAAGUGCACCCUCUGAGAAGCACCAUUCAAGUACAAGGCUUGUUGUACCAUCAAGCAAAGUUGGCUGUAUUCUUGGGGAAGGUGGGAAGGUGAUUACUGAAAUGAGAAGACGAACUGGGGCUGAAAUUCGAGUUUACUCGAAGGCAGAUAAACCAAAAUACUUGUCUUUUGAUGAUGAACUUGUGCAGGUUGCUGGGCCUCCAGCUAUUGCAAGAGGAGCCCUCACAGAGAUUGCUUCGAGGCUUAGAACUAGGACUUUGAGAGAUACAAGUUCUGCCAAUAAUCCUCCACCUUUUGCCCCUUUUGAUGAUCCUCCUGUUGAUAUGCCUAGCAGAAAAUCGACACUAUAUGGAGGGUCUGCCAAUGAUCCACCGUAUGGAAGGCCUGCCAAUGAUCCACUGUAUGGAAGGCCUGCCAUUGAUCCACCAUUUGGAAGACCUACCAGCGAUCGACCAUAUGGAAGGCCUGCCGUUGUUCCACCAUUUGGAAGACCUACCAACGAUCCACCAUAUGGAAGACCUGCCAACGAUCCACCAUAUGGAAGACCUGCCAACGAUCCACCAUAUGGAAGACCUGCCAACAAUCCACCAUAUGGAAGACCUGCUAAUGAUCCAUAUGGAAGGCCUACCAACGAUCCACCAUAUGGACGACCUUCCAGUACUAUACCAUAUGGAAGGCCAAACGAAAGUGCACCUCGUGAUCCUUCUGAUGCAUAUCCUGUAGACUACUUUUCUAAAAGAGAAUAUCCUAGUGGAAGCCCUAUGUUUACUAGUAAUGCCCCAUCAGCUGCUUAUGAGAGAUAUGCAGCACACACACGCUUUCCUACUAGAGAACUUCCCUCGGCUUUCAGUCCUGGUGCGUCUCAUCGUUCCUAUCGUGACCAUGUGCCUGCUGAUAGCUACUCUAGUAGGGGUACACAGCAAUUAGGCAUCACAAGAGAUGGAAAUUCAGAUGCUUAUGACUAUACCGAGGCUGCUGGACAAAUUCAUGGACGCGAGGAUUACAGAGGACUGACAAGUGCUACCGGAAGGUUCUCGAGCACUAUUGAACUGAGGAUUCCAAACACUUCUUUGGAGUCUAUUGUCGGUGUUGGCGGGGUCAAUCUAGCAGAGAUCUGUCAGAUUUCUGGUGCAAGACUGAGGCUACAUGAGACUCAUGCUGGUUCUUCCGAGUCUGUGGUGGAGAUCCAGGGCACACUGGACCAAGCAAAAGCUGCGCAGAGCCUCCUGCAGGGCUUUAUUAGCGCGAACAGCCGGAGCAUGCAGCAGCAACCCCAUUCUUCUCGCAUGCCACUUUACCCAAGCUGGGGAUAG